GUAUGCCUUCUGGACAUCUCUACCACGCAUACGGCCCUCUCGCAUUGGCUCUCGGUGCCAGACCGAGCCCUCCCGGCGCAGGAUCAAGGCUGGCUUUUCGGGCAGUAUUCCCACACUUUCAUAUCCGGUAUUCGAUCAUUCGGCACCGAUCCGGUCUCUAGCGGUCUCUGACGAGGUUUGCAAGGAGCACCGUCCUCCUGGUCCCUCUCUUGGCGAACUCGGCCGACCAACCCCGCUUCGGAGCAAGACCGAUGCUAAAUCCCUCCCCUCGGGCCCCAACGCAAAGAAAAAGAGACAGAGAGAGAAAAGCCACGCGUUGAGCCUGGCUUCCGGCAAAGCUCCCUGCUAAGCUUGAAUUGUUAGCGUCCCUCUUGCUUGGGAAAACGCUAUCCAGCGUGACCUGGGGGCAUCCAGUCACAGCUCGGCCACGCCGCACCAGUACCACCAAUGUGUAUGAAGAUGAGCUAGGCUGGGAGGGGCAGGCCGACACUGGCAUGCUGGCCCCCCUUUUCCCGGUCUUGGCUUCAACGGAUGCGCUCCGCGGUUGCUGCUGGUCCAUGAAGCUUCAAGGGCAAGGUCACGACGCACCUGCAGUGGUGCGAAACCGCGAUCCCUCCAACGUGGUAGAUAGAGAGGGCCAGAUCAAGUCGAGGAGGAAGCGUCCAUACUCGAAAGGUGCCCAUCCUCCGGCACAUCCUCCGUGGCUGAAGUCCUUCGCUGCGGAAUCUGGCCUCCAAAACGGCAUCGCUCUGCAUCUCACACCCUGUUCGUGGCUCUUAUCACUGCUUGCGACAGACUCACAGGCUAGAGCAUGCCCUCCAGCAGUUCAGCAGUCCAGCCUCCAGGCCUUGAUAGAAGUGGCAUUCAGCGAACCCUUACGGCCUCACCCCUGCACUGCCUUGCCUACCUGCUGCUCAGUGAGUUUCCAAGCAUUCGUUUGUCAGAGCUUACAAGCCCAGGUAUCCAGGCCAACAACGCCCAUUACACCAGCCUGGCUAGCGAGACAAUCGUUCCCGUCUUCCAGGAACGAGGUUAUCUCCUGUUCGUCAAUAACCGUGAUCAAAUUUUGCAUUGUCCAACAGCCCAUAGCCAUACAUUCGGGCUGUUUCACGACGGCACGAGGGAAGCACACCUGUUCUCGCACAGCCCGGCCCAUCCCGGGCUCAACUUUCACAAACCUCACAGGCUCCCCCAAAGACCCCAAAUAAAUAUCGGCAAAUAUUGCACAAACUGUACGGAUAUUCCCAGAGCGAUAGCUCGCAUCUUAUCAUAGGCAACGCCACAUAUAACGCUA